UUAGCCCUUAGCUGCCCACCCCAGGGAAAGGCUGCUGAAGAGGGGAGGGGCUCUGCCCCUAUGCCGGCCGGACUGGGCCCCUGCUGGCCAGUUGAGGUUGGGGCCACUUAAAAGGGGCUAGACCCUGACCUCCCCAGGGCAGCAUGUCACCCGGACCCAGGCACAGCUCAGCCAUCCCAGAAAGGGCUGAGCUUCAACCCGCACGUCCCCGCGGCCGCGGGAGUCUGGCUUUGGGGGUGGGGUCUGCGCUGGAGGCACAGGGUGUUGGGGACCCACCACUGGGAGCCCUGGUGGGGGCGGGGUCUGGAGCAGGGGGCGGGGUGUCCACGUUCCGCCUUCCCCGCCCCCGCGCCUGCGGUGUCCAGGUUCCAACCUGCUGCUCAGGUUCCUCCUGGCGGCUCCGCCCCGGUCCGGUCGGGCCCAGCCCCGCGCGUGUCCCUCCUGCCUGCCGGGGCCCAGAGCCGACAGACGGGCGGACGGACGCCUCGGACAAGGGAACCAGCGGGCGGCGUCGUGGGCCGGAGGAGCAGGUGUGGGCCAGGCACUGGGCCCUGGACCCAGGCCCCACGGAUAUCUGCCCUCCACCGCCAGCCACCAGCAAGGACACCAUGAGCCAGUCUGUGAGCUGCUGCCCGGGAGCUGCCAAUGGCAGCCUGGGCCGGGCUGACAGCGUGGCCAAGAUGAGCGCCAAGGACCUGUUUGAACAGAGGAAGAAGUACUCCAACUCCAAUGUCAUCAUGCACGAGACGUCCCAGUACCAUGUCCAGCACUUGGCCACAUUCAUCAUGGACAAGAGUGAGGCCAUUGUGUCCGUGGACGACGCCAUCCGGAAGCUGGUGCAGCUGAGCUCCAAGGAGAAAAUCUGGACACAGGAGAUGCUGCUGCAGGUCAACGACCAGUCGCUUCGACUGCUGGACGUGGAGUCCCAGGAGGAGCUGGAGAACUUCCCCCUGCCCACCGUGAGGCAUUGCCAGACGGUGCUGAACCAGCUGCGCUACCCGUCCGUGAUGCUGCUGGUGUGCCAGGACUCCGAGCAGAGCAAGCCCGACAUCCACUUCUUCCACUGCGACGAGGUGGAGGCGGAGCUGGUGCACGAGGACAUCGAGAGCGCGCUGGCGGACUGCCGCCUGGGGAAGAAGCAAAUCCUCAACUGCGCCCUGGACGACAUAGAGUGGUUCGUGGCGCGGCUGCAGAAGGCGGCCGAGGCGUUCAAACAGCUCAACCAGCGCAAGAAGGGGAAGAAGAAGGGGAAGAAGGGGCCGUGGGCUGGGGUCCAGUGGGCGCAAUCCCCCCUGAACCCCACCGAUCCCCAGAUCGUCAGCACCUGUGGUGGCCCGGACAUCGCGCGUUCUGUCUCCAGCCCCCUGCUCUCCCGAGAGGCUGUGGGCUUCCUGCGAGGCCACUUAGUUCCCAAGGAGAUGGCACUGUGGGAAUCACUGGGGGAGACUUGGACACGCCCCCGCUCCGAGUGGCCCCGGGAGCCGCAGGUGCCUCUCUACGUGCCCAAGUUCCACAGUGGCUGGGAGUCCCCCCUGGACGUGCUGCAGGAGGCCCCCUGGGAAGCAGAGGGGCUGGCACCCGCCCCCACUGACGAGCCAACUCCAGCGAGCCGCCUACCCUUUCGAAACUCCUCGAAGCACAACCUGGUACCUGAGCCCACAGCCCCAGGAGACGUCCUCCCCCCAGUCAGCUCCCCACAUGUUCACAGGGGCUACGAACCCACACCAGCCAUGGCCAAGUACGUCAGGGUCCUCUACGACUUCACGGCCCGCAAUGCCAAUGAGCUGUCAGUGCUCAAGGACGAGGUCCUGGAGGUGCUGGAAGACAGCCACCAGUGGUGGAAACUUCGCAAUCGCAGUGGCCAGGCAGGCUAUGUCCCCCACAACAUCCUGGACGAGACGCGGCUGGAGGACGUGGGUGUCCCUCCAGAGCAGACUGGUCCGAAAUAUUGGGGUGCUGCUAGCCCCACUCACAAGCUACCGCCAAGCUUCGCUGGGAACAAAGAUGAGCUGAUCCACCACAUGGACGAGGUCAACGACGAGCUCAUCAAGAAGAUCAGCCACAUCAAGUCACAGCCGCAGCGAAACUUCCGCAAGCAGCAAAGUGGGUCCGAGCUGGAGGAACUCAUGAACAAGUUUCACUCUAAGACUCAGAGGAGGAUGGAGGAAGACAGCUAG